GAACGCUAUCACAAAUGUCAAUUUGACGAUCAUGGCGGAGGACGAAGAUGGUGUUUCGAAUAGAAAAUCUUAUGAAAAACCCAAUAAUGAAGGGAUUUCCGAAGACUCCGAACAAAAUACUCAAAAACCAGACUUAGGUAUAGAAGAAGCAAACUAUAAUAUUAGUGAAAAUCACCACAGUUCGUCCGAAGAAGCGAAAAGUUCAGCGUCCAAGGCAAGUGGUGCGGUCCGUAAAGAGGAGAAUCCGUUCUCGUUUCGCCACUUCCUGAAGAGAGAUUUGUCGUUGCCGAGCAACUCAACAUAUGAGAACACGGGCGCGCGGCCCAAGGUCUAUGCUAGCACCGUGCAGCACUCACCGUCCCGGGCCGCCGCGCCGCCAGCCGGGGCCGCCGCGCCCGACCCGCGCCGCGACAAGGCGCGCUCACUCUCGCAAACCAAAGAAAAGAAUAGAGAUGGCGACAGCCAUCAAAUAAGUGAUACCGCCGCCUCCAGUAGUUCAACCGAAGCACCGUUUAGUGUAGUGGACAGUUCUGAUUCAAAGCAAAACUUGUUUAUUGACAAUUCAGAGUCAUCAUUUUAUCAUAGACCUAAUUUGGCCUCGGAACCGCUAGGGAUGCCAUCUUUACCAGAUUUUGUGCAAGACCAUAUUCUAGUGGAGCAAGCUUACCUGAACUCUAAUGGUCCUAUAUCCCUUGAUUUGGACAAUUUACCAGAUUUUACGUUUAACACAAAUUUCAAUUCGGGUUCCUCAAGUUUGGGGCGUCGUAAUAAUAGUGGAUAUAGUGGUAGUAGGAAUUAUGACUAUGAUGCGUAUGGUGCAGCUUCGACAUCAGAGUCGGGUCCCUCCGGACGGCUGUCGGAGGGGCUGGAGGCGGCCGCGGCGCCGCUGCCCCUGGACCUGCCCCCGCACCUCAACCUCGACCUCACCGAGUCUGUGAACCCGGCCGACAGAAGGAACAACUCACCUAGAAAUCCCAUGGAUCAUCCAUUGGACCUCCCACCGAAUGCAGCGGCGGAGGCGAUGCGGCUGCCGGACUUCCUGCCGCUGCACGGGGGCCGCAGCUCGCCCGCCGGCCGCGCCUCCCCGCGCGACCAGCACGAGCAACUGCUUGAGGAGUUGGAGCAGGCCAGAUCAGAGCUAUUCAUAGAGCGCGGGCGUCGCUCGCGGCUGGAGGGCGAGGCGGCGGCGGCGCGCGACGCGGCGGCCGCGCUGCGGGCCGAGCUGCGCCGGCAGCGGGGGGCGGAGGGGGGACACGACGCUGCACAGGUUGGAGCGUCCGAAGCAGAAUCAACAAUCAGUAGAUUAAAGAACCAAAUAAAAAAAUUAAAGGAAGAGCUAGCAGCCUCGCAGGCGGAGGCGCGCGCGCUGCGCGGCGGGCAGGCGCGGGCGGCGCGCGACCUGCGGCAGGCCUCCGCCGUGGCCGAGACCUCGCUUAGAGAGCUGCUAUCCGGUCUAGAACAACUGAAGUCCCUGAGCUCGGCCCUGGACCCGCCGUGACGAUGAGGAAGAGCUUUUGUGUUGUUUUAAAUGAAAUCUCGCGUUUUUUAUCGAUAAUAUAUUAUUCCUAUAUGUACGCCUUU